GCCGUGCCGCGCCGUGCCGCGGCCUCCGCGCGCUCCGGCCGGCGCUGGGCAGUGCGGGGCCGGGCAGUCGGGGCCAUGAGGCUCCGUUUCCCCGCAGGCCGGGACCAUGGUGGCGGUCGGGCUGACCAUCGCCGCGGCGGGCUUCGCAGGUCGUUAUGCGCUGAGAGCCAUGAAGCAAAUGGAGCCCCAGAUGAAGCAAGUGCUGCAGAACCUGCCCAAAGCGGACUUCAGUGGUUAUUACAGAGGUGGAUUUGAACCCAAAAUGACUAAACGAGAAGCAGCCCUAAUACUAGGAGUGAGCCCUACAGCCAACAGAAGUAAAAUUAGAGAAGCUCAUAGACGAAUCAUGCUUCUGAAUCAUCCAGAUAAAGGUGGUUCUCCAUAUGUAGCAGCCAAAAUCAAUGAAGCUAAAGAUUUGCUGGAAGACCAAGCUAAAAAAUGAAUUGGAGAUAAAAUCAGAGGUUUUGCUUGUAUAAAUGAUUGUUUCUUAUAAACAGCUUAAGGCAA